AUGGCUCAUCGUAUCGUCACUCAAGUCGUCGUCACGGGCGCCCGUGUCUUCGGCAAGGCCUUCGCCGAGGCCUACAAGCAAGCCCAAGCCUCCUCCAAGUACGCCGCGCAGACGGGCAAGAAGGUCGGCGCCAGCAUGUCUUCCGGAUUGACUCUCGACGAGGCCUGCAAGAUUCUCAACGUCAAGCCCCCGCAAAACGGCGAGGCCAACCUGGAGCAAGUGAUGGAACGAUUCAAGAAGCUGUUCGACCUCAACGAUCCCCAGAAGGGUGGUAGUUUCUACCUGCAAAGCAAGAUUCUUCGGGCCCGGGAGAGGUUAGAGAUGGAAGUCCGACAGGCCGAGCGCAAGAUGGCCGAGGAGAAGGAGCUGCGCGACGGCUGGAAGCCCAAGGUAUAUAAGGACCGGUGA